UGAGUUUAUAAUCACUUUACUGCGCAAAUUUUGUUCCUUGCCGUUCAUUGUUUUACUCAGCCUAUUAACGCGGCAAGUGCUUAUAUAAACUAUCUCAAAGAAUGUAAUUAUUUUUAGAAUCGAGUUGCAUCCUCACAUUUUACAGAAAAAUGAACCUUCAAAGGAGUCUCUUCAUGAACAAUCUUUAUACAUACACAUUGUGAGAAUAGGAAGAAGUCUUACAUGUCAAAAGAUCAUAUUACCAUUGAAUCAUAUAUUUACGUUCCAGAAGUUACGCUGAAAGAACAAUCUGAUUGUCAAUUGCCCGUAGAACGAACGUAACGAACAAAAGAGGAACUAUGAAGCUUUUGACGCGCAUAGAAAUGUAGAAUUUCCACGUAACAUAGCGGCUGCAUUUUAAUAUCAGUCCUCUACAGCAACAAUGACGAAUUAGCCGACGAAUUCAACGGAGCGAACGAAUUAAAUUUCAACUUCGCAUAAUAAUUAUCCGAGGAGCAGAAAUUAGGUCCGGCUUGAUGCUUUAACCAGGGUCAAUGAAUGCUCCGUUCGCUUCCUGUUGGGAAAGUUUGUGUCGCGGUGGUUCGAACAAAAAUUCUUGGAAAUCGAAUGAAGUGCGUAUCAAACAUGGCAUAGGUUUCGAAAUAGCUGACUGGAUGACUACGAUCCACCGCUUUGUGGAAGAAAGGAAGAGGAAAGAAGCAGAUAAUUUCGCUGAAGGAACAGUAUCAUUGGUGCAGACGUUAUACUGGGGGAGUUGCCGAGUUAUAAGAACAUAUCGCGAAGAAGAAGCUAUUUCAGCAAUUGCCGUAAUCGGGUUUAUCUCCGACAUGAAGUAUCAGCGCCAGAGGAAUCAAUGA